UGGACUUGCAGGAAUGUACAGGAUUCCUUAGAAGACAUGGAGAGCUCGGUUGAGAAGGAAUUAAUCAUUUGCUCUUAAGAAACAAUUGGAUGAUGACAUUGCUACGUGUGGCAACGAUAAAAAAGGACAUGUGCAAUUAAAAGGACUAAUACAAGACCAAACGGUAUAUACCUCAAAAUGGUGCAGUUAUUUUACUACGAGACACGAGGGAAAUGUUGCAAGAAGUUUUUGAACCAUGAAGGAGUCCCGACAAAGGUUCAUUUGUUCCCAUACGAAGGAUGGGCACAACCAGCAAUGACGUCAUAUUGGCUGCUGAAAACUUAUUGGUGGAGUAAAUCACGUGUUAAAAUCACAGAAGUAACUGGAUCGCAAACGCAUGAAGUAAAGGGGAAAAUUCGGUGCAUCAAAAAUGGUUCUAUUGUAAUUUCCGGUAAAAUCAAAGACAAAACAAACAGCGACUACAGAAUGUAUCUCACAUCGAAUGUUGAUAGUGCUGAUUUCCAACUUGGUUAUUGUGUUACAGGAACACUUGAAAGGGGACGGAAGAAGUCAGAAAAGGGACUAAGUCUGACACAUUAUGCCAUGAUUAAACGAAGAGGGUACUAAUAUUGUAAUUACAAUACUGUGGGAUCGUGUCGGUGGUGUUUGCUUUAAUGCUUAAUGGUAUAAUUGUUAAAUUUGAAUGUUCAAUACCUUAUUUGAUAAAAUUUAAUGUUAAACGGAAUAUAUAUACAUUGAUGUUUAACAUAUUUUAUUAUGUUUAUUAUUUUGUUUAUGUUUAUACUGUUUGUUAUCAGUAGUGUGCGUUGACACUGCCCUACAUUGAGAUUGCUUUCAUUUAGCUGUGAAUUAUUGUUGGGUUUGUUUUCGAUACAUAUACUUUAUGUUUGUGUGACCAUCUACGGAUGACAUAAAUGGCUGAAUAUCUUUUUUUAAACAUUGCUGUUUAUACAUUGGUUUAUUUUGCUUUUACGGUUUGAUUUGUAAAUAUAUGUGGGUUAAUAAGUGUUUUUCUAUUUGCUGAAAUGCGGUAAAAUGCGAUACAAAAUAUAGCAAUGAAAAUCAGACAAGGAAACAACUUUUUUUGUUAUUGCCCUUUGAAGUUUAUUUGUUGGA